CGCACCUCUGUACAUCCGCGCAGGCGCACUUGCAGAAUAUUCUUGGCAGAUGACACAAUCCUUGGGAACGUCUUCCGGUGGACGCGUGAGCUCCACAUCGCCUGUCAUUCACUGUUAAAUUUGCGUCAAGAGGAUUUAAACGUGAGUAUUUGCAAUGCAGGCUCUCACCCCUCACGUGUACUGGGCCCAGCGGCAUGGUGAAAUUUACCUGCGGGUGGAAAUCAGUGAUGCCCAGAAUCUCAUCAUUUGCGUUGAAGAGAACAUCCUUCGCUUCAAGGGCCAAGGGCAUGGGGCGAAAGGAGAAAACGAAUACGAAUUCAGCUUGGAAUUCUUAAAACCAGUCAAACCUGAGGUGAAACAUAAAUCCACUCAGCGGCAGGUGAAUAUUACGGUGAGGAAACAGGAGCACGCUUGGUGGGAUCGACUCGCUAGGCAGGAGAAGAAGCCGUUGUUUCUAGCGCCUGAUUUUGACCGUUGGUUGGACGAGUCAGAUGCAGAGAUGGAGCUCAGAGAAAAGGAAGAGAAAAUAAAUAAAGUCAGCAUUGAGUCAAGAGUCCGUAAGGACCCUUAUCUUGGCUUGAAAAAAGGUUUUCUUUUUAUGUACAACUUGGUCCAGUUCCUUGGCUAUUCAUGGAUCUUUGUCAACAUGACUGUACGUCUGUUCAUACUCGGGCAAGAUUCUUUCUACGACACCUUUCAUACCAUUGCUGAUGUGAUGUACUUUUGUCAGAUGCUGGCAAUAAUGGAAGUUAUUAAUCCUGCUGUGGGAUUGGUUAAAACUGGAGUCAUGCCUGCUUUCAUACAAGUGAUGGGGAGGAACUUCAUCCUUUUUGUUGUAUUUGGUACCUUAGAGGAGAUGCAAAACAAGCCAGUGGUUUUCUUUGUCUUCUAUCUAUGGAGUACAAUUGAGAUAUUUAGGUAUCCUUUCUAUAUGUUGGCCUGCGUUGAUACAGAAUGGAAAUUGUUGACUUGGGUGAGAUACACUAUAUGGAUUCCCUUAUAUCCUCUUGGUGUGUUAGCAGAAGCGGUGGCGGUGAUCCAGUCCAUCCCCAUCUUUGAUGAAACCAAACUUCUCAGCAUUCCUCUGCCUAAAUUCACAGGCCUGUCUCUCAGCUUUUCCUACAUCCUACAGGUCUACCUGGUGCUCAUGUUCCUCGGCCUCUUCAUCAACUUCCGCCACCUCUUCAAGCAAAGGAGAAGACGCUUUCGCACAAAAAAGAGGAAAGCCAAUUGAGGAGGAGAAAAUGACCUACUUUUCACAUCUCGUGUCGUGAUCCCUGUUUUUCCCUCUCAUUUUAUAUCAAGUGCAUUUCCUUUCUAUACUCUGAAAUACUGGAGGACCACGAUCAAGCUCUACAGUAUAUAAAUGACAAUAUAAGAACAAGAAAUAAUGACCUUAUUAAAAAGUUCUAAAGAGGACCAUGAAGGUAUUUAUAUAUUUGUCAUUUCAUGUGCAGUAUGUUGGAUGUUAGCUUUGAUGAAAUUACUUGACAGAGAACACAUGCAGCAUUUUAUCAUCCUGCCAGCCCCUGAGAUGUGACAGUGAUCUCUGUUGAUACAUCAGAGCACUAAAAACAUCAAGAUAGAUCUUAAACCUCAGGGAACAAAGCAUGAAACAAACAGUGUCAUUGUAUGGAGGGAUCUGGACAUGAAUGUGUAAACACAACUAAAAAUGUUUUAUUAAAAAUGUCAGUGAACCAUGUUGACUUCCAACUACCUUUAAAAAGCAGCACACAUUAAUAAAACAACAUGUUUUAAAGCUA